GGCAUUCCUCUGUACCCGGCCCCCGGUGCGGCAUUCCCCACGCUCGCUGCCCAGAGAUGCUGUCCCCGCCGGCGCUGGAUGCGGCUCACAGCGCCGGCAGCGGGGAGGGAGACAGGAAAGGAGAGCGGGAGGUGUCAGCCGGGAUGCGGAUGGGAAUGGGUGGAGAUGAGGGUGAAAGCUCGUGAGGCAGGAAUAGGCGAUGAAGACCUGGGGAGGAGGAAUCCCAGGGUACGCUCCUUCCCUGUCUCUUCAGCCUGAGGUCGCGGCGCGGAGCCAGCCCGUGCCGGCAGGAGGGACUCGGGGCGGGCAGCAGCUCCCAGCCGGUGCGGCGGCGAGCGCAGCGUUCCCGCGGGAUGCUCCCUUCCCUCCCUUGCCCUUCCCUUCCCUCCCAACAAGCGCUGCCGUGAUUUGGCAGCCGCUCGGACUCUGGACCUGCCUCUCCGCCCCGCAUUGGCUGCCGCGGCCGGUGCCGCCGGGGCGCUGGGGACACCGCAGGCGGCGGCUGGCGGCUCUCGCCGGGACCAUGAAGCUCCUGUGGCUGGGCGUGGAUGUCUCCAGGGUUCUGCACCUGGCCGCCGUGUUCUGCCUGACCUGCGUGCUGCUGAAAGCCAUCCAGCUGUUCCACCGGCGGCGGGAGCUGCUCCGGGCGCUGGCCGACUUCCCCGGGCACCCGACCCACUGGCUCUUCGGCCACGUCCACGAGUUUCUCAAGGAGGAAGAGAUGCUGGACAAGUCAGAGCUCUGGUCACAGAAGUACUCACAUGCUCACCCUGUGUGGUUUGGGAGUUUCUCAGCAUUCCUGGUUGUCUCUGAUCCCGACUAUGCCAAGGUUCUGUUGGGCAGAGGAGAUCCCAAAGAUAAUAUCAGCUAUAAACACCUUGUCCCAUGGAUUGGGAAUGGGUUGCUGAUCUUACAUGGGCCCAAGUGGCACCAACACAGAAAACUCCUGACCCCAGGGUUCCAUUAUGACGUCUUGAAGCCAUACGUGGCCCUGAUGGCAGAAUCUACAAACGUGAUGCUGGAUAAGUGGGAAAAGCUAAUAGCAGAUGGGAAGCCAGUGGAGCUCUUUGAGCACGUCAGCUUGAUGACUCUCGAUAGCAUCAUGAAAUGUGCCUUCAGUUGUCACAGCAACUGCCAGACCAGCAGGAAAAACGCCUACAUCCAGGCUGUCUACGACCUCUGCCACAUGGUGCACCAGCGCCUCCGCAUCUUCCCCUACCACAAUGACAUCAUUUACUGGCUCAGCCCCCAUGGGUUUCAGUUCAGGAAGGCCUGCAGGAUCGCUCAUGACCACACAGACAAGGUGAUCCAUGAGCGAAAGGAAUCCCUUAAAGAUGAACGGGAAUUUGAAAAGAUCCAGAAGAAGAGACAUUUGGAUUUCUUGGACAUUCUGCUGUGUGCCAAAGAUGAGAAUGGAGCUGCACUGUCCGAUGAGGACCUGCGUGCUGAGGUGGACACAUUCAUGUUUGAGGGCCACGACACCACAGCCAGUGGCAUCUCCUGGCUCCUCUACUGCCUGGCAAUCCACCCUGAGCACCAGCAGCUCUGCAGGGAGGAGAUCCAGGGCAUCCUGGGGGACCGGGAGACAAUCCAGUGGGAGGACCUGGGCAAGAUGACUUACAGCACCAUGUGCAUCAAGGAGAGCCUGCGCCUUUACCCCCCCGUGCCGGGCGUGUCCCGGCAGCUCAGCAAACCCGUCACCUUCCCCGACGGACGCACUCUGCCCGAAGGCAGCAUCACUGCAAUAAGCAUUUACCUCAUUCACAGAAACCCUGAAGUGUGGAAAGAUCCUUUGGUGUUUGACCCUUUGCGUUUUUCCCCAGAGAAUGUCUCUGGCAGGCACUCUCAUGCCUUUCUGCCUUUUUCUGCUGGAAUGAGGAAUUGCAUCGGGCAGCAGUUUGCCAUGAACGAGAUGAAGGUGGCGCUGGCUCUGACCCUGCUGCGCUUUGAGCUCUUGCCCGACCCUGCCACGCCUCCCCUCAAAAUAACUCGGAUAAUCCUUCGCUCCAAGAACGGGAUUCACCUGUAUUUAAAGAAAAUCCGCUGAUGCUGGAAAACAUCCUGCCUUCACCAGAGGGAGGGACCAGGCAGAUGACGGACGGUGUUUCUCUGGGGUAGAGGUGCAGGGCAGGAUUUGGGGAUGAGGAUUCCUGAUUUCUGUGCUUCGUCCACCGGCUGAAAGCCCUUUUCAGGCGAGGCCCAGGAGGCUGGGAUGCCACUGCACAGACCCUUCUGCUCCAGGGCACUGAUCUGAGAGCAGCCAGGCACGGCCACGCUCUCUGUCCCCUUGCACUGCCAUAAGGGCGGGCCUGGCCUGCUCUGGGAACAACUGCAGGCCCCACCAGCCUCCUUCUUACCAAAUCCUGCCUUCACACUCGUGCCCUGGCCGAAUCUGUGACCAUUUCCAGCCCUGCUCUGUCAUCAGCACCUUCCUCAGUGCCUAGAGGUCAGCCCUGCUCUCCUGCAGUGGGACAGCCUGGGGCAGACCUCUGUCUCACUUCUUACACUCAGUGGGCCUAUAAUUUGUUGAAAGCACUGAUUGUAAUUUGGGCUCUGAAAUCGUGCCCAAACUGCAAAAUAUUCUGUAAUUUUUGUCUUAAUAAACAAAUUUUUCCUGCAACAGCA